AUGCCUAUCGCUCUCGGCCUCGAGGGCUCCGCUAAUAAGCUAGGCGUUGGUGUCAUCCUCCACCCCCCCGUCCAGAUUCUCUCCAAUCUACGCCACACCUUUGUCUCUCCGCCAGGGACGGGUUUCCUCCCCAAGGACACAGCUGCUCACCACCGAAGAUGGGUAGUCCGCCUCGUCAAGCAGGCCAUCAAGCAGGCCGGAAUCCAGAUUGAAGAUAUCGACUGCAUAUGCUUCACUCAAGGGCCCGGAAUGGGAGCUCCUCUAUCAAGUGUAGCCAUUGCUGCAAGGAUGCUGAGUCAACUAUGGGACAAACCUCUAGUGGGUGUGAAUCAUUGUGUGGGACAUAUUGAGAUGGGACGAGCCAUCACAAGGGCACAGAAUCCCGUGGUGCUAUAUGUAUCAGGAGGUAACACGCAGGUCAUUGCAUACUCUGCGCAGCGUUACCGCAUCUUUGGAGAAGCCUUGGAUAUCGCUGUAGGCAAUUGCCUGGAUCGUUUCGCGAGAGUCUUGGAGAUCUCGAACGAUCCGGCACCAGGAUACAACAUCGAACAGCUCGCCAAGGGAGGCAAAGUCCUGCUCGAGCUACCCUACGCCGUCAAAGGCAUGGAUGUGAGCUUCAGUGGUAUCCUGGCCAAGGUAGAGGAAAUGGCACAUAGAUUGGGUCACGAUUGGAAAGACGAAGACAGUGGUGAUCUGGUCACAAAGGAGGAUCUGUGCUUCACGCUGCAGGAGACUGUCUUUGCUAUGUUGGUCGAAAUCACAGAGCGGGCGAUGGCACAUGUAGGAAGCUCGCAAGUGCUCAUCGUGGGCGGCGUAGGCUGUAACCUCCGACUGCAAGAGAUGAUGGGCAUCAUGGCAAGUGAGCGUGGAGGCAGCGUCUUUGCUACGGAUGAGAGGUUCUGCAUUGACAACGGUAUAAUGAUCGCACAUGCUGGCCUGCUGGCAUAUGAGAUGGGCUACAGGACGAAGCUGGAAGAAUCCAUGUGCACUCAACGUUUCAGGACUGAUGAAGUCCUCAUCAACUGGCGUGACUGA